AUGUUGAACGAAAGUCUUACAAACCCAUUGUUCGGAAAAGGCAAGUGCAACAUUGUCAGAGCUGUAAACAUUCUUUUCGAGAAAGGUUUGUUGGAACCAAUUCCAGAUGACAAGCUGACAGAAACUUUUGUACCAAAAGACGAAACAAACUUUUCACUGUUAGCAAGACCAAAAGUUGUUCCAGACAAAGUUCUAGUACAAAAGAAGUACACAAUUCCACAAGGAGUUGGAUUGUUCGGAUACCAACCUGAACCAGAAGAACUUCCAAUGAGGUUGCAAGAACUUCAAGAUGCUAUAAACAAACUUCCAUUGAGACAUCCAAUUGACGUCAAAUUGUAUUGGAGAGCAUCUGAGUUAGGUCAGAAGGUUUUAUAUGAAACAGGUUGCUUCGACGAUGUUUAUGAGAUAACAGGAGAAGUUUCUCAGAAGAUAAGAGACUCACUUGAAUUUCCACAAACUGGACCAAUUGGUUGCGACAAGUUCGACUCAGAUGAAAAGAUAUACUAUGUCGACCUUAACGCUGCAUACAUGAGGUUUGUCCAAUAUAUUCCGACUGGAAUUCCAAACGAAGAUGGUGAGUUCCCGGGAAGGAACUAUACAGUUGGAAAAGUCAUACAACAACUGUAUGAUAUUAGGAAAGCUUCAAACCCCAAACUUGCAAUGACACUCAAAUUGCUUAUGAAUUCGACAUGGGGAUAUUCCAUUAAGAAACCUCAAGAGAUGAAGAGUAAACAUUAUGAGAAGGUCGACAACUUUGUUGAAAGGUUUUCUCCUUUUGUUUUGAAGUACGAAUUCACUCAAGGUCAAAGUGGCUUAGUAACCACAUUAAAACCUAUUGUCGAACAUUGGUCUUACCCUCAGUUCGCAAAGGCA